AUGCCGUGGGCUCACCUUGGGAAGUUGCUUUCGGAUCAAUGUAGUGACGAGGAGGCUGGCACUGGCGACGGUGAGCCUCCCGUUGUUGAGCCUUCGGCUGGCUUGCAGGCUGCCAUUGCCAGUGAGUGUCUUGAUGAGGAGGCUGGCGCUGGCGACGUGGAGCCUCCCGUUGUGGGCCACUGGGCUGGCCUCGAGGCUGCCAUUGCCAGUGAGUGUCUUGACGACGUGGAGGCUGGCGCUGGCGACGAGGGCCGAGCUGGCGUCGAUGUGCCGCCGCGACAUUUGACGCCCAAGGCAUUCCUCAGGCUCGGUAAAGAGAGCUUGGGCGAUGACAGUUGCUUGGCGCCUGACGAUGGUGCUGGCGGGCCAGCUGUCGGUCCAGAUGGUGCCCCGCACGCUGCGGCGGACCUGGCGAUAGUUCCCCUUCCGUUGCCAGACGCUGCCGCUGAGGACCCUGAUGACAUCGGCCCAGUUGAAGAUAUUGUCAUCGCAGGUGCUUCUUUACGUGCGGUGUCUGUGUUAUGGGGACGGGUCCGCCAGUGCGACGCGCGAGAGCUUACGGAUGCAGUCUCCAUGCGGAUUGCCGACCAUUACUUGUCCACGAAACGUUCGCAUGCCAGCUUGAAGGUAGAGGCCGACAUGUUGGGCACGACGCCGUUCAUGUUGUCGUCACGGCGACGGUGUCUUGCCAUGGCAGGCUUGUCGAUUCUGCAUUCAGACGCGAUCAAUGGGAUGCAGCAGGUUAUUUCGAACACGCGCAAAGCUGGAGGAAAGCUGCUUCUCUUUACGGAAUCGUGCCAAUAUGACGAAACGCCCAUGAGGUUGCGCGUCUCCGACGUCGAGUUCAAUGCAGUGUUGAUGGCGAGCUCCACACUUUCGCCUGAAGAGGAGAGGCUCGCGGCAUCACUCCGUGAAGUUUCGCCGCAAAAGAUUUUGGCAACGUUUUGGGUGUUCAGUCUCAUGGUCGAGGUUGAUGGGUAUAUCAAGACGUUUCGCUUCUCUCUGCCAGCGUGGCACCAGAGCAUGACCAGUAAGCAUCCAUAA